GUGUAAUCUUCAUCAUUCACAAAAAAAAGAGUGUGUUAGGUUUCUCCCGGAACGUGUCUGCGGCAGUAUCGAUACAGGAGACGAGGCUAACCAUCCAUGAAAAAGUUUCGUCGCGGCGUUGGGACGAUAGAAAUGACCAGCCAAUGAGACAAAACAAACAAGACUGAGGGCUCUUUUCGGAUUAUUCAGCUCUCCUUCGCUCCAGAUGAAGAUUCCGCGGCACAGUUAGUCGUCUACCGUGGGCGGCGCUCUGACAUCGCUUGCGUCAAGAUGAAACAGGCGCAGUUGGAAACCCUCCAUUGUAUCCGGCUGCCGGUAAACGCUAUCGAAGAAAAGACCCAUCUGGGCCCGGCGGCUACUGUGUGAGUUAAGUUUCAAGCGCCUCGCUGAAUCCUUUCUCGACUCCGCUGCCCGCAAACCUGGGAUGAUGGAACAACUCAAUCCCAAGAAGGCUAUGGAGGCAGCAUCCUGUUUCCAGAAAUGUAUCGAGGACCAUGAUACUGAUACGCAAUCUACUCCACGAGCACAACAGCACCAAACAAUGUCCAGAGCCUCGCCAACAACCACUGUGACAUAUAAGUCACCUACCCGCCUGCGUUUCCUUACAUCCUGUUCCUAACCACGCCCACUUCUCUCUACCAAUCUUCUUCCACAAAACACCCGUGUAAACAACUACUCCUCCGUUCAUCAUGAAGAGCUGCAUCUCCUCCCUCCUCGUCAGCCUUCUCCUCUCCGGCGCGCUGGCCGCACCACUUGUCAACGAGGCCCGCGCCGUCACUGCCGAGGACUUUACCGUCCCUGCCGACACCAGUGACGAAUCCAUGGCCCAGGUCGGAAUCGGACGCCGGGCCGCCGAGAUGCUUGCCAACUACGACGGCGUUGGCCACCAGGUCGCCCGCGCCUAUGUCCCUCCCGCGCAGCUCGAGGCCGACCGCAUCGCAUACUAUAAGAAGAUGGAUAUGGUCGCCCGCGCUGAAGCCUACAUCGCCAGUGUUGAACAGCACGACGACGAAUACACGCACGAGAAGCGUUCUGUUAUGCCAAUACAGGAAGACGAUUUCCUCCAGAAGCGCGAACUGGUCCAGACCGUUGAAGACAACAUCCAGACUGUUGCUGCAGAGCAUGGCUUCGAUGCCGACCUCGAGAACCGCCUCAAGGAAGCAGUCAAGAAGCAACUCAAGGAGCUUGGCAAGGUUGCUAAUAUUGGCAAGCGUGACAUCACCAGCGACCUCAAGGGCGUUGCAGACGACUUCAUCAAGAUCUUUGGCAGUGAGCAGGCUUUCGCCCCCGUCCUUGCCCAGUUCAAGAAGGAGCUCGAUGAGAGUGUCAAGACAAUCAGUGUCAAGCCCAAGCCGUCCACCACCUCGCCGCCCCCUACCCCCGCUAGCUCGCAGCAGCCUGCCAAGGUCACUGUCACAACCAUCACCCAGACGCAGCAGGUCAAGGAGAAUGCUGCACCCACAACAACACCCCCUCCUAACCCUAACGGCCUGACUCCCGAGGAGAUUGCCGAUGCACAGCUUCAGUCGUCUGUGGACGCAGUGGCCCGCAGCAUGAUUGCCGCGGCUGAAAAGAAGGAGGCCGACGAGACUGCUGCUAAGAAGGUGAAGGAAGACACUGACAAGGCAAAGGCAGCUGACAAGAAGAAGCUUGAUGAUGCAAAGCUCAAGGAGGAGCAGAAGAAGAAGGCUGAUGAGGAUGCCAAGAAGAAGAAGGACGAGGAAGACAAGAAGAAGAAGGAGGAAGAAGACAAGAAAAAGGCCCAAGUAAAAGUCAAGGAUGAGAAGCCUGCGUACAACUACUAA